GUCCAUGUCAGAUUCUAUUGAACAAUAGUACAAGUCAUCUAGGGUUUUGGAGUAAUUAAAAUAUACCCUAGCCGUAUUUAGCUUCUUCUCCUUUUUUUCUCUGUUUUCGAAUUACUGUUUCAUUCAAUCUGCAACAGUGGCACUGUCCACCGCCACGCGCUUCUUCUUCACACGCGCCGCCGUUCUCCGCCGUCCGUGUUCCGCCAUGAGCACCGCCGGAGAGAAAAGCUUGAGUUCCGACACUGCCCAUUUGGACACAAUUUUCAAACAGAAAAAAGUCCUCCGUUCUGUUAUUAAAAGAGAUCUCAAAUCCAUGGAUCCCAUCCUUAGAUCCCAACAAGAUGAAGCAAUACAAAAGAUUGUAUUGGAGGCUCCAUGGUUUAAGGCUUGCAAGGGAUUGUGCGCUUACAUAAGCUGUAGUGCUUUGCGAGAAGUAGAUACAACCCGAAUACUAUCUCAUAUUCUCACUAGCCAUCCACAGGAUGUUCAGAUGCGAAAGAAGCUUUUUGUUCCAAGAGUGGAGGAUAGGAACAGAAAUAUGCGAAUGCUUAACAUCUCAAGCACUGAGGAUUUGAUUGCAAGUUCAUUGGACAUUCUGGAACCAGCUCCCUUAGAUUCUGAUGGAAAUGAACGUGAAGAUGACCUUUUGUUUGUUGCAGUGUUGUUCGCAAAUGAGCCUGUUGAUUUGUUUAUUUUACCUGGUCUUGCAUUUGACAAAGCUGGAAGACGGUUGGGCCGCGGUGGAGGUUACUAUGACACUUUUUUGUCAAGAUAUGAAGAGCUUGCAAAGAAGAAGAAUUGGAAGCAACCUCUCAAAAUUGCACUUUCUUACUCAGUGCAGAUAGUGGAUGAGGGUACUAUACCACUAACUCCAAAUGACAUUCUUGUGGAUGCACUUGUAUCACCUUCUGGUGUGAUUCCUAUUAGUCCAGCUGCGCUGGAGAUAUGCCAUUGAAAAAAUGCUUACCUAUCACAGCAGCAUCAGAGAGGUUGGCAUGGAAUCAGUCCUUAUUGAAUCGUGAUCUGAGUGUCUAAUACUAUUGCAUCUAGGGUCAUGAGCAAGGAUAAAGACUUGUUCUGUUCUCUUGAGAAAUAGCAUCUGGAGGAAGAUGUUACUUUGAUGAAAGAAUGUCUUUGUGAGUUUGGUUAGCAUGUGUGUCAACUGAUACAUUUAUGAAUUACCAUUAUACCCUAUCUCCCGGAAUUGGAUCUUAGAUGAAAAAAAAAAAAACUUAGCCGCACCUGACAUUUACAAGAAACCAUCAAUUUAAAGUGAGAAUAUUUCUCGCUUAACAUGGUUGUCUGAUAAAGGUUUGUAUCAUUUAUUGAUUUGUGUGUACACCGGGUGAGAGAGAGUUUUUUCCGUCCUGGAUCAGAGUCCUUGAAUUUAUUGUAUUCUGCUUACAGUUUAGUGGACAAAGUUGUAAGAAAAACAUAUCAGUUGCUUCCAAGAAUCCAAUAUUAUUCGUCCCUUUUAAAUGGGGAGCAUUUGAAACA